GCUCUCAAGAGACAGAAAGCGUCAGUGUCCGCGAGGUGGCCAAGAAUGGAGGGACGCCGGGCGCUGCUCAUCUUUCUGCUCUUCCCUCACAUAGCACGUCGAGGGUGCCUAGCGGCGGUGGGGGACCAACAACUACCAGUAGAAGACGCAGAAGGGGAUCAAGUGUUUGACGGGUCAUCAUGGGUCCCUUACAUCUGGGAUCCUGAUCGGGAGGGUCGACAUUAUGGUCCCGCUCUGCCUCUAGCUCGCCCCCGCCAGCGUCAUGACACCGACGGGCCGGAGCUGCUAUUCGCCAUCUGGGAGUCACCUCCGAUCCUGGCCAAGGAAGGAGUGACGGAGGAGGAGGUGGACUGGGUGCCUCACGUCAAGCCCCUGCAGACUAUCAAGGAAAACUAUGUGUCUGGUUCGCGGGAGUUCGAUCAUCACUUCUCAUAUGAGCUACACCCAAAGGUCCACCACAGUGUCCCACACACACUGGCCCCAACCACCACACUACCCCCACCACCACCACCACCACCACCUCCACCGCCUCAUGAACCCCUCACGCAGCAUACAAAGGCUCCCACACCAGACACGCCUGCCCCUGAGCCCCACACAGACAGCGCCAUCAUCUACAAGGACACAUUCGCGCCCCACGCACCGCCACACACUCAUCCCUUCCCGUCACUUCCCCGGCAGCCCUUCACGGUCAUUCUUCCCUUGCGGCAGCGCCCUCGUAAGUACUUCCUAGCGGGCGACGAGGAUAAGGACAAGCAUGAGGACGCGCCACCUCACUCAGGUCCCUUCAGAAAGUACUACCUCGACCCUAACAGUAAGGCGCGCAGGACACAGACUCUCCCUCGACCCACGAGAAUCCGCUACAUCCUCACUUCUUCCCGGUCCUCCCGCCCGCCUACCCUCACCUCCUUCAUACCCGCCCUCCACCUACCGUCAGGCAGUACUUCCUUCAACCAGCAGCAGAGAAGGAUCCCCAUGUCUCCGAUCUCACGUCCUUCGAGGUGUACGAGAAGCUACGCAAGACGCGAACAAUAAACACCCAGGUGAACACUGAGACGAGGGCGUGGGUGCUGAGCGGCGUCCCCAAGGCUACAUCUUGGGUCUCCUCCUCCACCGGGCACCGUCUAUCCUAACACAAUGCAGGACGAACUAAGGAGGUGUUAUUGUUGUUAUUCUAGUUGUUAGUAAAGUGUGGUGCUGUUGUUAUUGUUCUUUUUGAGAGUUUUUAAUGUUCUUUAUGUUUGUAAUUUUGUACGGUAUAGUGUUGUGGAUAGUGAUAUAGUACAAGUAUAUACUUCAAUUUUGUUCUUGAUUCUUCCAUACCGUAAUAAAAUUGUGAUUAUUUAAAGAUCUACACGUCUUAAUCUCCACCAUUAAGUCAUCAGGUGCUGCAGACGCGUCACACCUCGCCUUCUCUUCCCUUCCCUUCCCUGGAGGCGCCCCACACACACACACACACACUGCCUCUCAUUUUCAUCAGCUCUGAUUGAUACUAUCAACACAAAGUUUAUAGCUGGAGACAUGAAGUAUGGGAAUGAAAAUAUGUCUCUCUCUCUCUCUCUCAUGAACUUUUACUAUUACAUAUGAACAGAUUUUGUGGACAUAUUUCUUUUGAUUUGAAUAAUUAUGUCCAUACUCUUGAUGCAUUUGACCUUUGUGGACAAGAUUAUUCACACUAGAUGACCAUUCUCUGUUUUUGUGUCUUAGUAAGUACAGCAAGUAACCAUUGUCUUGUAGGUCUUUGUAAUGGCAGCUCAUUCCAUGAAAUAUGUGGUUGGCUGACUAGUGAAGAACCUUUUUUAGUUAGAAUUCUCUUUAUUGUAUGUAUAUUUACAACAUUCAUUGACCUCAACAUAUAUACACAUUACUUCAUUCACAUCCUUGUCAAAAAAAUCAGUUUCUGCAGAUGAAAACAACAUAAGUACACUGAUUACUUCUGAAGGUGAGUCCAGCAUUUCAGUGAUCAGCUCGGUAGCACAGGUAAAGCUUCUGCCCAAUACAUAUCCAGUGAGAUCCUAAACAUUACAGGAAGGUAUGAGAAUCUUUUGCUGCAACAGACCAUGGGAAACAAAACAUUACAUAACAAAACACCAAUUUUCUCCAUCUAUCUACAUAUAUACACAAAAAAUAUGAAGCAGAACAACCACUUAUUAGUUUACAAAAUAAAAUUACUGCUUAUUAAAUCAUUCCUUUUAAAACACACACACACACACACACACACACACACACACACACACACACACACACACACACACACACACACACACACACACACACACACACACA